AUGAAUCAACCGGAAAUACCGAAUUACAACCCAGGAACUGUGCUGACUGUUGGGUCUCAUCAUGCGAAAGUGAUAAGCUAUCUCACAAGCGGAGGAUUCGCUCAGGUCUAUUCGGCUGAGAUACAGCCAGCAGAUGCAUUCAUAGAUUCCAACGUUGCAUGUCUGAAGAGGGUUAUCGUACCAGAUAAACCAAGUCUGAAUACUUUGAGGGCGGAAGUUGAUGCCAUGAAGCUUCUGAGGAAUAAUAAGCAUGUUGUCUCUUAUAUCGACUCGCACGCCGCCAAAUCAUCGUUCCCUAAUGGUAGCUAUGAAGUUUUCCUACUGAUGGAAUAUUGUGCUGGCGGUGGUUUGAUAGAUUUUAUGAAUACUAGGUUACAGAACAGGCUGCAAGAAUUUGAGAUAUUGAAUAUUAUGAGUCAAGUGACACAAGGUAUAGCUGCGAUGCAUGCAUUACAACCGCCUCUUAUUCAUCGUGAUAUUAAGAUAGAAAAUGUUCUGAUCUCACAUACUGGCCAGUACAAAGUAUGUGAUUUUGGAUCUGUCUGUGGUGUCAUUCGACCUCCACAGAAUCCUCAGGAGUUUGCAUAUGUACAACACGAUGUUCUCAAAAAUACCACUGCACAGUAUAGGUCGCCGGAGAUGAUUGACUUAUAUCGUGGACAUCCCAUUGAUGAAAAAUCUGAUAUUUGGGCAUUGGGGGUUUUCCUCUACAAAUUAUGCUACUAUACUACACCUUUUGAGAAGGGCGGUGAGUUAGCCAUAUUGCAUUCAAGAUUCCAAUUUCCAGCACAGCCGAUAUAUAGCGACCGCUUAAAGGGCCUCAUUCGAAGAAUGUUGAUGGAAAAUCCGGACCAAAGACCGAAUGUUUGUCAAGUACUUGAAGACGUAUCCCGAAUGCAAGGUAUCCAGUGUCCGGUCAGGAAUUUUUAUUUGCUACGAGCCAUGGAACAACAACAGCAGUCAACUCAGAAUCAAUUACGGUACAGCAGAACCCAGCCAGUCUUGAACGUACCGAUCAUAAGUCAGCCAGUGGGUUUUCCAAUGCAUCAAAUAUCGGGAGCACCACUUGGCUCAAGUACUUCCCAUAUCGUGCCUUCGAAUUCUGUUCCAAUACUCGCUGCGAGGCCAAGAUCUGCAGGUAGCAAUGGCACUGGUAGAUCAUUCCAAACACCAAGCACCAGCUCACUUUCAGCAAAGUCUAGCCAGACUUUUCAUAGGGCUGCAUCGAGAUCGCCUGUAUCGACACACCUGUCAACGAGCCCCGUUAGACACGGAAGAGGAAACAUUAGCCAGAUUGUUGAAUCCAAUAGAACCUCUUUCGAUAGGCCUAGAUAUGUUGAUUCGGUAACUCAGACCUCGGAUACAGAGGAAGAACCUCUCAAGGUAGCCUCAAAAUCAUCAGUAUCUCUACCAGCAAGGGAAAGCCAUGCAGUCGCUGAUAAAUCAUCCGUAGUUAGAUCGUCAAGUUUGAGGUCAAAGAGUACAAGUAGCGAAAGGCCAGCUGUAGCACCUAAGCAACAAGUCGCUGUUCCGCAUACAAAAUUGGAACACAUAUAUGCUGCGAAGAUCCCAACAGGACGCCAAUCGCUGAGACAAGAGAGUGAGAUCGAGAUUCCAUUAACCUCAGUGAGAAGUAGAGAAGCAAAGGAAUCAAUCCAAAGGAGGGUUCGCGAUUUACUUAACUCAUCAGAAGAUCUUCCUUUAUCCAAGUCUGAACCUAAGAAGGAUGAGCCUAAACGUGGUCAACUCUCCAAAACUCAUCAUGAUGAGAAACCGUCGGUUAAAGAGAAGUCCAAACAGAAGGUUAGGCCUCGUGCUCCACCAAAACCUGCUCAUCUGAGACCUAAACCUCCUCCCAAACCGGCUUUUUUAAGUGGAAAGAAAAUGGUAGACACGGAGCCCUCAGAGGCAGGAAAGGCGGUCAUAGAUGCCAAGGUUGAGUCGCUGGAGAGAGAUCUAAGAAAGGAGGUAACCGGCACACUGUAG